AUGCAGACGCCCGGAAUCAGGCACUCGGUGGCCUUCAUGCCGGCGUCCGGAGCCGCCAUCUCAGCCGGUGGGGAAUGCGAUCGAGUCCUGCUGCAUGUUCCCCCUAUUUACAACGGCCAGCCAUUGCCCGAGUUCGGUCUGCCGCCAGCGCCGCUUACCAUCACACCGCUCAGCAAGCGCCCGGCAGUGUGUCCUAUACCUCACCACUUUGUAACCUCUCUCUACUGGUUCUUGGGAAUGGCCUCACCCGAGGUCUGUACCCCGCCUGCUGCAACUCCCCCUCUCUCCAAAGACGAGGCGAUCGACAGGUCCUUCUCUGCGACAGGACGAACGCUCAUCAGCUCGUCGGAGGGGCAGAGGGAGGACCUUAUCGCCCGCCACCCGAUGUAUACACUAUUCCACCUUGCCAAGUGGGACUUUGUAGCCGCCAGCUAA